CACUUCGCAUUUCGCUCUUCUUCUUCUUCACUUCAGUUCAAAAAUCUCUCUCUCUCGUUCUCGAUCUCGAUCUGGGAAACUCUUGUGACGAUUGAAAUGGCGAAAUUGGCGAUGUUGAUGGUUCUCUGUGUUAUGCCGGCGUUGUCAAUGGCGGCGAGGUUGCCGAAGGUUGACGGGAACACCAUGGUCGUGGAAGGUCGCACCUACUGUGACCCUUGCCUCGCCGGUUUCGAGACUUCUGCUUCUUACUUCAUCCCCGGUGCCACCGUGAAACUCGAGUGCAAGGACAGGAAAACCAUGAAGGUAAUGCACACCGAGGAGACCACAACCGACAAUGGCGGAUCUUACAAGUUCUUUGUCCACGAGGAUCACAAGGACCAGAUGUGCGAUGUCAAGCUCGUGAAGAGUCCCGACACUAACUGCCCGAGAAUCUCCCCGGGCCGUGAACAAUCCCGCGUGAUCCUUAACCACAACAACGGCAUUGCCUCUCAGAAUCGUUACGCCAAUAACAUGGGGUUUGAGAAGGAAGCGCCUGACGCUUUCUGUGCCGAGCUUCUCAAGCAAUACCAAGAUCUUAAUGAGGAUAUCUAGAGCAUCGACAAUGGUAUUCUGUCUUUUUUAUUCGGUUCGAUCAAUCAUCAAUAUAAUAAAGCCUUUAAUAUAUAUAUAUAUAUAUAUAUAUACACAUAUAAUGUUACAUUAUCAUGAUGACUUAGAUGAAUGGUGAAAUGAGACAUUGUUACAGAUCUCUGUUUUCA